GUCUUAUGAGGAGGUAUUGGUGGGCGGGUGUGGUGCCCCCAUUGUGUUGUACGUUAAUUGCGGCUGCUGCGCAGAAGCAGGAGAAGCAGAGAUGAAGACCAGGUUCAGUGGAUGGAAUUCCCUGAAUAUAAGACUGGACAUCUGGCAUUUCAUGUGGAGGAUCGCUUUGGGAUGCACCACUUAUGCCCACCAGCUGUAUCCCCUCUUUAUGGCACGACUUUCCACAUGCAUAUUUGAGUGGGAUGCAUCUGACAUCGCUCUCCUCCGCAGAGCAAAAAGAGAGCAGCUCAUGUCCCAGGGCCUGCCUGAAAUGACAGAUGCAGAAAUGAACAGACAUCUUACUAAGCAGGAACUGGUUCUCCACUGUCGGAGGAGAACGCGAGGAGAGGAGACCACUGUUCUGCUCAUAGAACAGCUGCUAAGAGAGCUCACAGGGAGCAGUGGCAACGAUUCCCUCGGUGUUCCUCUACUGGACCAUGAAAGGAUGGCACACAUCUGAUAUGUACAAAAAAAGUAUGUGAGGUGCAUUCAGGACCCAGCAGGUGUAGCGCUCUACACAGACAGGAAGCACCACAAAGGGUGGGGUGCUUCUGAAGAUCUACCGAUGUGCUAGAGGUUCAACCUCUCUGGAAUCAUUUCAUUUGCACCUUAACCGCUUCAUCCCGUGUGCGUGCGUGUGUGCGUGCGUGUGUGCGUGCGUGUGUGCGUGCGCGUGCGUGUGCGCGUGCGUGUGCGUGUGCGCGUUCCUAAUUACUGUUUUAUCUGUUUCUAGGUACCUGCACCAACAGCCUCAACUUCCAAAUCUACCUGCUGGAAGGGCUUCACAGGUGGAACCAGGACCGGGCUGCAGCGUCCCUGUCUUCAGGACCGUUGGCUCUCCAUAGCUACUCAGACAACAUGGUUCAUUAUGUAAACCAGAACUAUGAGAAGCUGUUUGGCAGGAAGUUGGUCCCCAAGUUCUGUUCACCUGCGUGCUACACUGGUGAGUUUCUAGGAGUUCAAUAUCUGUUCCAGCAGACUGGUCAGGCACUGCAGGAUAUGAACCCUGAUUCAGAAGAGACGGCCAAGUUAAUUGAAGAGUUUGACUUGGAGGAGGAGAGGGCAGAGGAAGAGGGGUUCUGUGACGUGCAGGAUCCCACAGUAAUGAACAUGGAGGUCCUUUAGUCACUUCAGUCAGUUGCCUCUUUAAAGACCACUGCUCCUUUGUCUCUCAAGUCCAGUGCACAUUCCAGCACCUCUGCCCUGCCUCCCAGUUCUUCCUUUCAAUACUCAGGGUCUUCUUCUGAAGAUGGAGAUGCUUGGAACUAGCAGUCUUAUGAUCUGGAACACCUACUGAGAGAAAAACUUACACUAUUUUCAGGGCUAAAGAAAAAUCUGCACCAUGCCAUCGAAUAAAUACUUGUUUUUAGUGCUAUUGGCAGGAGCUCUGAUGGUUUGGGUAAUUUACCUGGGCUACGCCUCACACAUGUUCAGAAAUAUGCAACUGGGGAAACAAAUGUUAACACAUGCAAGAAACUGUAAUACGCCUUUGUACACUCCAAGUUUACUGAAUGGCCGUAAGGACGUUGUUACAGUGACACCAUGGUUGGCUCCAAUUGUGUGGGAAGGCACAUUUGACAUGAAUAUCCUUGAUGCCAUCUAUAAACCGCAGAACAUCACCGUGGCAAACACUGUCUUUGCUGUCGGCAAAUAUGUGCAGUUCCUGAAAGAUUACCUCGAGUCAGCAGAGCAGUACUUUAUGCUGGGGUACCGUGUGCAUUAUUACAUCUUUACAGACCAGCCAGAGGCAGUUCCUACGGUAACACUGGGUGCUGACCGUAGAAUAACUACACUGAAAAUUCCAGGCUCAGACCGCUGGCAGGAGAUCACACUACGCAGGAUGGAGAUGAUUGAGAAUCUGAUUGAGACCCAAUUAGUCAGUGAGGCGGAUUAUAUUUUUUGCCUCGAUGUAGAUACAAAAUUCUAUGGUCACUGGGGGGCAGAGAGUUUGAGUCGCCUUGUCGCCGCUGUACAUUUUGGUUUCUACAGUGCGUCACGUGAACAUUUCACAUAUGAGCGCCGGCCCGAGUCUCAGGCCUACAUCCCAUAUGGAGAGGGUGAUUAUUACUAUGGCGGGGCGAUGAUUGGUGGGCUUGUGAGAGAGGUGUAUAAAGUCACUAAAACCUGCCAUCUGUGGCUGGACAUGGACAAAGCUAAUUCCAUUGAGGCAGUCUGGCAGGAAGAGUCCCACCUGAACAAAUACUUUCUUUACAACAAACCCACCAAGUUGUUAUCACCUGAGUACCUGUGGCAUGGCCCAUAUGCAGGCAAUGAGGUGAAAAUUAUCCGUUUCACACAAGUGUGGAAAGAUGCUAGUAAGGUACGGCCAAACUAACCUCGCAAAACUAUUCUGAAUCUUUAGAUAUCACUUUCCUUAAAAAAUUGGGAUGAGUUAAAUCAACAGUCGCAUCUUAAUUAUAAUAAUGUUAGAUUAUGUUUAAUAAUGUUUAUUUGUCUUUGCUAAGUUUUAAGUUUUUAACAAUAGUUGUAUACAAGGCCCUAUUGUGCAUAAAUCUCUACACUAAAUUGUCUCUUAGAGUAAAUCAGAAACAGUUUAAAACUUUUGCAAUCCUUGGGCCAAAGCAAAUAGUUUGAAACUCCACCUUGGAUAAUAUUCUGUAAGGAACAUGUAAAUAAAAAAAACAUUUUGAAGGCCCUCACCCAUCUUUGUUCUAAGCAGGCACACAAGGCCUGUAUGUUGCUGCAUAGUGUUACACAGUGGUUUCAUGAACACAAAGGCCUAUCACUCUUUUAAAUGCUUUUAA